AUGUCGUUCCGCCCGAUGUUUCAGCAGCGGGCUGUGGCUCCAAUCGCAGCCACCCUCCUCGCUGGAGGCAUCGCCCUGUAUCCCAGGCAGACGGCCUUUGCAGAGCAGCCUCGCGACUUGAGGAAACCCAUCUACGACGACUUCCCAGCCGACAUUCCUGAACCCUCCAAACCCGCUCCCCCAGCUUCCCAGCCGCUCAUCUCCUGGCCCUCCUCGGAGCCCUCUCCCUCAUCUUCGCCGACCCCCACAGACAUCCUGGCCGCCCAAAUCCGGCAAGCCCGGCUCUUCCUGUACAACCACUCCCUCGCCGCGGAGAACAGCUUCAACGACUUCCUGUCCCGCGCCCUGAACAUUGAGAAUGCCUUCACCAACACGGUUGCUUCGCUCGCACCUUCGCCUGAGUCCGGUGAGCGCUUGCUCCCGGGUGGCGUCUACGUCGUCGUAGCUGCUAUGGCUGGCUCAAUCGUCUCCCGCAACCGUGGUAUCCUCCUCCGCACUGCGUCCCCUCUCGCCUUUGGCACCAUUGCCGCCUGGUCUCUACUUCCGGUGACUAUGCGGAAUAUCUCUGAUCUAGCAUGGGAGUACGAGAAGAAGGUCCCGGCCGUUGCCGAGCAGCACAUUGCCCUGCGGGAACGAGCCGAGCACAUCUGGUACACUGGCAUUGCGCACAGUGGCAUGGCCCGCCAGAUGAUGGAGGAGAAGAUCGGUGAGGCCCGGAAGAAGCUGGAGGAGACUGUGAGCAAGGGCCACUAG